UAGAUGACCUCUCGAGGUCUCUUCCAGUUCUAUGAUUAAGGAAACAAAAGAUUUUAUUUGGUUCUUUGUUGUGAUUCUCAGUUCUUCAGCUAGAUGUUUCUUUCAGCUUUCACUUUUUCUUUAUUGUAUUAAAUGUUAAUCUUUUGGCAGGCGCUCCCUCCAAUUCAGAAAGCCUGGGAAUGUUUAAUUUGCAUGGAUUAAGCAAAUGAUUAGAUUAACUGAGAGGUUUGCUUUAGGUAAUUUCAAGGUUUUAUAAUUCUACUUUACGUGCAUCCUCGGCUUUAAUUAUUUGCAUGAUGAAAGAAUUUAAAUAUUUAAAAUCAAGGACCACAGGGCACAUCAAAGAGUUUCUAAAUCAUUAUUGAACAAAGUCUAGUUUAUACUGGAUCUGUAAUGCUACAAAAAUGCCUAAUUAAAAUCACUUUACAAUAAAGAUUUUCAACACUAGAUGUAAACUUUAGAAGAAAUUGUAUGGAAAAGGUAAGUUUAAUAGCGGAAUAAAGUAUGUCAGUGCGAUCUCCCACUGGGCUGGAGGGAAUAGUAAAUUAAAAGUCGUCAUGGCACAUGCUUUCUACUCGUUCUUUAUAAUGUACAUUCAUUAAUAACUUAUGUUUUAUAGCUGUGAUUUUUGGGAGAAGGAAUAACAAUAUAUUUCUAGCUUCAAGAUGAAAGAUUCAACAUACUGCAUCUAAUCCUCCCCAACCAAAUGCUUUUGAUUUCUACUUUAAAAAAAUGCUUUGAAAAUAUAAAUAUUUUCUGACCAUCUCCUCUUCUCCUGGUUGGUUCUUCUGAAAUGGUUUGGCUCUUGAUCAUCCAUUUCAGUAUCUAGGUGACUAUACUAUUAAUGGUCUGAUGUUAUAUUUAUUGAGUUGUCCUGAACUGUCGCCUCCAGUUUAUUCAAUUUAUAUGCCACGUUAACUCUGGCUGUGCAACUAGUAUAGUGUCACUUAAAACUAUCUUCAUUUAAUGAUCCUAUUAUCUUUGCAGCUAAAUUGUUAACAAUUCCUAUAUCAUUUGCCCAUUCUUAGUUAGGCUGAGGGAACGAAUAACUGAUUUUAAAAAAAUCCUGUGUGAAUAAUGAAUUAUGGUAAGUCUCUAUCUCUCUCUCUCACACACACACACACAGAGAGAGAGAGACAGAUGCAUGGUAAUACGUGGCAGUACAGUAUAAUGAUUUUACAGGCAUAAAUUUGCAGUGAUCAAAUUUACUAAUGAGUGAGUUAUGUAGGUCAUUCCAGCUGAGUGUACAUUAAAAUCUUUUUAUUCUGCAGCACACCACAUAUUGUGUUUAUACCAUAUAUUUUAGAUAAGUUAUAUUAGAAAAUUUGUUGAGUUUCAGUUUUUUGGGUGGAUGUAAAAGUAUUAUUUUUCAUAUCCUCUUAACUGUAAAGUCAGUUUGUUUUAGUUCCCAUAUACAGAGGGCAGAAAUGCUAUUACAUUUUUAAAACCUCUUAAAGUGAACUUCAGUAACUAUUUUAUAAAUCAUGAAUUCAUUAUUUUAAGGUCUGAAAGCUUGCAACCUUCCAUCAAUCAAAAUGUAUGUUGUUUCUCACUGGUAAACCUGGAAUCUUAACUUGCCAGUGAACAGAAUGUAUUUGUAGGCAAAGCAAGUCACACUAUCAGACCAUAAACUGUCACAGGUAUAAACAUGAAUAUUUCCAGUCCUUGAUCUUCAACCAGAGUAACUUGCUUCUCUGUUUUCAUCUGAUCCAUUUUUGGGGGUGGGCUGAAAGGGGGAAGGAGAAAUAAAUUUUGAAAGAUUCUAAGUUGCUUCUUAAAUAUCAGAAUUUGAUAUGUGGGAAACACAGAAGAAAUAGAAGCAAUUUUGACAUCUUCAGCUGCAAGGCAUGUUAGCAUAUGCAAAGUAUCAAUAGUGAUUAGAAUGUAAGUGAGUUCAAAGGUGCAGAAUAACAGAAGUUUAUUUCAUAGUUCUACGGUUUAUUCUGGUUAUAGUAAUAAUGGAAUUUAAUCCAUGCUUAUAUUGACUGUAUAUGUGAUAUAAAUAAAUGUGUGUGUAGUUUCAAUAUCCCAGUAGAGUACAUUUGUAUUGUUGGAGACAUGGGGGGGAGGGAAAUUUUCAAAAAGUACAAAUGACAGUUAGGACCCAACUCAAUGGGAGUUGGGCACCUAACUGCAUUUGUGCCUUUUUUUUUUUAAAUCUUCACCAGAUUAAUUUAAAAACUGAGGUUCUGAUCACUUAAGAUCAUUAAUAGCCAAAAGCACUCUUUGUAAGAGCUCUUUUCGUAAAGACACCAAUUUAGAUUAUUAUAUAGUGUCCACCUAUGCCUAAAAUUUCCCCUGCAGUAGUAUGUGUAUUUACACAAAAUACAGCAGCCUCGAGAGUGGAACAGAGUAGUUUAUCAACAUGGCACAGGAACAUCACAAUUUAGGACAGGAAGUAUGUUUUAAGCAUUUGGAAUUUUAGGUAAGUGGCUUUAGAGAGAGGGGCUAACAUCCUUCUCUUGCAGAAACUGUGAGAGCUCUUUAAAAGUCAUAUUCAAUCAGGAUCUGAAUUUUAUUUGUCAGGACUUCCACUUCACGUGAAAGUGCCUCCAACAACAUGAUGCCAUUUUAACACCAUGCCAGAGUACUCUUAGACCUGGUCUACACUAUGAGUUUAGGUCAGAUUUAGCAGCGUUAGAUCAGUUUAGCCCUGCACCCUUCCACACUACAAAGCCAUUUUUUCCAACUUUAGGGGCUCUUAAAACCGGUUUCUGUACUCCUCCCCGAUGAGUGGAUUAGCGUGAAAUCGAUCUCGCUGGGUCAAAUUUGGGGUAGUGUGGAUGCAAUUUGAUGGUAUUGGCCUCCGAGAGCUAUCCCAGAGUGCUCCAUUGUGACCACUCUGGACAGCACUCUCAACUCAGAUGCACUGGCCAGGUAGACAGGAAAAACCCUGCAAACUUUUGAAUUUCAUUUCCUGUUUCGCCAGUGUGGUGAGCUCAUUAGCAGAGGUGACUAUGCAGAGCUCUUCAGCACAGGUGACCAUGGAGUCCCAGAAUCUCAAAAGAGCUCCAGCAUGGACCGAACGGGAGGUACUGGGUCUGAUCGCUGUAUGGGGAGAUGAAUCCAUGCUAUCAGAACUCUGUUCCAAAAGACGAAAUGCCAAAAUAUUUGAAAAAAUUCUCCAAGGGCAUGAAGUACAGAGGCUAUCACAGGGACCCGCGCAGUGCCAAGUGAAACUUAAGGAGCUUAGGCAAGCCUACCAAAAAACCAGAGAGGCAAAUGCCCGCUUGGGGUCCGAGCCCAAGACAUGCUGCUUCUAUGAUGAGCUGCAUGCCAUUCUAGGGGGUGCCCCACCACUGCCCCACCCCUGUACAUGGACUCCUGCAAGGGGGGAGUCUCAUGCAACAGAGAUGAGGAUUUUGGGGACGAGGAAGAUGAUAGCGCACACCAGACAAGCAGAGAAACCGUUCUUCCCGACAGCCAGGAAUUGUUUAUCAUCUUGGAUCCCUCCCAACCUGGGAUCCUGGACCUUGAGGGUGGAGAAGGCAACUCUGCUGCAAAUGUUUCAACGCUCCCCCUAUCAUCUCCGUCCCAGAGGCUAUCAAAGAUUAGAAGCUGAAAAAAACACACUUGCGAUGAAAUGUUCUCUGAGCUCAUGCAGGCCUCCAGUGCUGAAAGAGCCCAGCACAAUGCAUUGUCUCCCUCAAUGUCAGAGUCCAGGAAAGCACAAAAUGAAUGCGAGGACAGGAGGGAUGAGCGAGAGGAGAGGUGGCAUCAGCGUGAUGAGAGGAAGCAGGAUGCAAUGCUGAGGCUACUGGAGGAUCAAACUGAUAUGCUCCGGCGUAUGGUUGAGGUACAGGAAAGGCAGCAGGAGCACAGACCGCUGCUGCAGCCCCUGUGUAACCAACCGCCCUCCUCCCCAAGUUCCAUAGCCUCCUCAACCAGACAUCCAAGAACACGGUGGGGGGGCCUCCAGACACCCAAGCACUCCACUCCAGAGGACUGCCCAAGCAACAGAAAGCUGGCAUUCAAUAAGUUUUGAAGUGCAGUGUGGCCUUGUCCUUCCAUCCUCCCGUCCUCCCCUACCCCACCCAGUGCUUCCCUCCUCCCCCACUCCUCCCGGGCUACCUUGGCAGUUAUCCCCCCAUUUGUGU